AUGACUUGGAACAACACCACUAUGGAUGGGGCAGGUUUGCUUGUGAAAAGGGAUUCCUGCUUCCGAAUCCUCACCGGCUGCUUUCUCUCUUUGCUCAUUCUCUCCACGCUCCUAGGGAACACCCUGGUUUGUGCAGCUGUAAUUAGGUUUCGCCAUCUGAGGUCUAAGGUGACCAACUUCUUUGUGAUCUCUUUGGCAGUCUCAGACCUUUUAGUAGCAGUCUUGGUCAUGCCCUGGAAAGCUGUGGCAGAGAUAGCUGGCUUCUGGCCUUUUGGAUCAUUCUGUAACAUCUGGGUAGCAUUUGAUAUCAUGUGUUCUACAGCCUCUAUCUUAAAUCUCUGUGUCAUUAGCGUGGACAGAUACUGGGCCAUCUCCAGUCCGUUUAGGUAUGAGAGGAAAAUGACCCCCAAGGCAGCGUUCAUCAUGAUCAGCGUGGCGUGGACCUUGUCUGUGUUGAUCUCCUUCAUUCCGGUGCAACUGAACUGGCACAAGGCUAAGACCACAAGCUUUUUAGACUUCAAUGCUAGCUUUCAAGGUGUAGCCAUGGACAACUGUGACUCCAGUUUAAACAGGAUGUAUGCUAUCUCUUCCUCUCUCAUUAGCUUUUACAUCCCAGUGGCCAUCAUGAUAGUCACCUACACAAGGAUAUACAGGAUUGCUCAGAAACAAAUAAGACGCAUUUCAGCCUUGGAAAGAGCAGCAGUGCAUGCUAAGAACUGCCAGACUACCACUGGCAAUGGAAACAGCAUGGAUAGUCAGCAGCCAGAAAGUUCCUUCAAAAUGUCCUUCAAGAGAGAAACUAAAGUCUUGAAGACGUUGUCAGUCAUAAUGGGGGUGUUUGUAUGCUGCUGGUUACCCUUUUUCAUACUGAACUGCAUGGUCCCUUUCUGUGAGCCUGGUAUACCAUCCAGGGGAGUAGAACCUUUUUGUAUUAGUUCAACCACUUUUGAUGUUUUCGUUUGGUUUGGAUGGGCCAAUUCUUCACUGAACCCCAUCAUUUAUGCCUUCAAUGCAGAUUUCCGCAAGGCAUUUUCAACCCUCUUGGGAUGCUACAGACUCUGUCCUGCUUCCAGUAAUGCUAUAGAGACAGUUAGUAUCAACAACAAUGGGGGCGUAGCCUUUUCCAGUCAGCUUGAGCCCAGAGGAUCCAGCCCCAAAGAUUGUAAUUUGGUUUAUCUGAUCCCUCAUGCUGUUAUAUGCCCAGAAGAUGAUGACAUUAUGAAAAAAGAAGAGGAGGGGGAACUUUCUAGAGCUCUGGAGAAAACGUCUCCAGCCUUAUCAGGUAUCUUGGAUUUUGAGGCUGAUGUUUCUUUGGAAAAGAUUAAUCCUAUCACGCAAAAUGGUCAACAUAAAACCUGA